AUGUCUGACUACGGAGACCACGACGCUGAGGAGACCUACGACUACGAGCCCGCGGAGGAGGUGUUCGACGACCAUGAGCCCGAAGAUUUCAUAAACCCCGAGGAUAUCGAAGCUGCCGAGGGUGGCGCCGAUGGAUAUGGUGACGAUUCCUAUGCGCCGGCCGUCAAUGGUGAUCGUGUCGUCGUCUCGGGUGACCCAAGUGCUGGGUACUCAGGGAAGGUGGUGGAACAAGCCCGGGCGAAGAAGAUCCCCAACGAGGAACGGAAGACGACCCCGUACAUGACCAAGUACGAAAGGGCGCGAGUCUUGGGUACCAGAGCUCUGCAGAUCAGUAUGAAUGCUCCCGUGCUUGUGGAUCUCGAAGGCGAGACCGAUCCCCUGCAGAUUGCCAUGAAGGAGCUCAAUCAAAAGAAGAUUCCUCUCAUUGUGCGGAGAUAUCUGCCGGAUGGAACCUAUGAGGACUGGACGUGUGAAGAGCUGCUUUAG